AUGUACGGAGAGUACACAGAGAAUGGGGGAGCAGCCGUGAUCAGCUGGAUAAAGCACCCACUUGGACAGAAGCCUCAGCUUGUCACAAAGAUGGUGAACUAUGAUACAGAUGCUGUGUUUUUCAAUAAGUUUAAAAACAGUACACGUCUCAGUGCUAAGACAGCAAAGGGAAGCUUUAACCUGACUGUCUCAAAUGUAGAGCCAUCAGAUUCAGCAACAUACUACUGCACUUUUAUUCACUUCUUCGGUGAAAUCAGCUUUGGAAAUGGAAGUACAUUAAUAGUUACGGGUAAGUAUGAAUUAUAUUUUUUACGUAACUUAACUUUGCUGCAGCAGCCCGAGUCUGAGUCAGUGCAGCCAGGAGACUCUGUGACUCUGCAGUGUACAGUACACUCUGAGACCUGUGCAGGAGAACACAGUGUGCACUGGUUCAGACCGGGCUCAGGAGAGUCCCAUCCAGGAAUCAUUCACACCCAUGGACACAGUGAUGAGUGCCAGAGGAGCUCUGGGACUGUGUCUCCCACACAGAGCUGUGUCUACAACUUCCCCAAGAGGAUCCUCAGCCUCUCUGAUGCUGGGACUUACUACUGUGCUGUGGCCACUUGUGGGGAGAUCCUGUUUGGGAAUGGGACCAAGCUGGACUUCAAGGCAUCAAGAUGA